GUGGGAGAAUAUAACGCCCUUCCUCAUGAGCCAUUCAAAACAAGCGAUCGAGAAAGGUCUGACCACACAGGCACGUGUACAGACAGUGAAGUAUGUUGUUUUUGGAUGUCUUCUACUGUGGAGCGUUGAUGCUCUGCUGCACCAGGCUCUGUGUGGCCCUGCAUGUCUCCCAUGGACAGCAGCUGAUCCCUGCCCACCACCCCCCACUGACAGAGCACACCUUCCCACCAACAGAGACCUCGUCAGCCUCCACAGUCUCUCAUCACGUCUUUCACAGCGCCCCAUGCUUUGUGGAUGACAUAUUCGCAGCGUUGUGUGAAGGCGUUGGGAGCGACGGUGAACUCACGAACCGCACUUUGACUCAGUUUGGAAUCUGCAUAGGAUCUGAUAGCUCAUCAGACUCAGUCUUAUUACAGCUUGCUAAGGAAACGAACAGAAACCAGAGAAACGGAUUGGAGGUUUUGCAUCCAACCGGAGUGCUCUUGGCAGAGGAAAAUAAGAGAGGAAUGCUCACGUUGACCUUUGACCUCCCACAGUCUCCUCUGAUCAAGCUGAACCCUGUGCUGCUCUUGGCGUACGAAAGUCCUCUCACCGUGACCGGAGGAAACCUGGAUGUCACUUUCAAUGGUCAGUGGCUGCAUCCCAAUACACAGUCUGUAUGCAUUUCAGGAGAAACGCAGUACAUCAUGCUGACAGGAUCAGCAUCAGAGGCCAACAAUCACCAGAAAUGGAGGAUUUCUGUCGAGACAAAAACCCCUGAUAUGAACCAAAGCCUAAAAGACAUCCUUAUUGGUGGAAAAUCCGGAAGUAAAAUCAGCAUGACUCCACUUCUGCUUUUCUCUGGGGAAAGAGGAACCGAUACAAGAUAUACACACACUUCAGGUUCAUCCCCGGCCUCUUCACAGACCUCCUUCCUCUGCGAGCUGAAGCGGUUCCUGGGUGACGUCCUGCCUCAGGAGCUGCCCGAGUCCACUCCGCUCCGGCUGGACUCCUUACAGUCCCUGCCUCCUCUGUCGCUAGGCCCUUCCUCCAGCGACACCCUGCUGGCAGGACUGAUCAACUCCUCCUCCCAAACCAUUUUCUCCUUCACUAGCCGGGGCUCCGUGGUUCAGGUGCAUCGUGGAGAACUGGCCUUGUCUCCUGCACUGCUGGAGGAGCUCAGGCAGAGGUUGGAGCAGAGUGUGAUAAAGAUGAUGGAGGUGAUACGGGAGGAGGAGGAGGAGGUGGGUCAUAGAGCCAUGCCGAGGCUAGGAAGGCUCAAAGAACUCAGUACGUUUCCAAAGAAGGAACCGGCAGCAGGAGAGAGCCAGUACCGGGCAUUUCUUCUGCUGAAGGCCCUGCAGACGGUGGCCCGUGCAUAUGAGUUGCAGAGAGGACUGCGGGCCACCAGAGCUGGCCCCAACAACCCAGAGGGGGGCAACAUAUGUGGGCUGAGGAGCCUCACUGUGUCUCUUACAAAGAUUGUUACGGGUCCAAACACUGCCAACAUCAACAACUGCCACGGCUCUUGUGCUUUCCCCCUGCCCAGCGCCAACAACCACGCCGUCCUGCUCAACUCCCACAUUGGGAGUGGGAAUGUGGACGAGCGGGCGCCGUGCUGUGUGCCUGUGGCCUACGAAGACCUGGAAGUGGUGGACUUCGCCGAUUAUGGGACUUCCAUUACCAUUAAACCAAAUAUGGUGGCAAAAGAGUGCGGAUGCCGCUAAAGCUGUUUUCUUUUUGAAGUGUAGUUAGUUGUGACUCAAAAGAUAUUUUACAUAUUUAACAGUCACUUCCCAUGGCCUGUUUGACUUUUGCUGGCAAAUGAGCGUGGGGCUCCGAGUGCUGGCAACGUGAAGGGAAAGCCAAACACCGUUCAUCUGCGUAUACUACCCACCCUACAAUGACAAAAAGCUGGUUGAAAAUCGACAGAGUUUGCCUUUAAUUGUUACUUAACUGUAAUUUAUUCAAUCACACGGUAUCAAUACACUGGUAGUAAAUGCACAUGUUAAUUCACAGACAUCUCUUUAAGCUAUACUUUCACAUAUAAAGACAAUGUCUUAUUUGCAUUAUUCUCACACUUAGAACUAAUCUUUUUUAUUCAAACCAAAAAAGUUAAAUAUGAGUAUUAUCAUCUCCCUCUGUAAAUAUUUCAUUUUUAUUAUCUAAGAAGUCAUUUGAAUGAAAAGCCAUUGUUUAUUCAGGGCAGACCUCUUAUCAUCCACAAGACCACUUUUUUGUGCUUUAAUUAAGAUUUCAGUUAUCAUAGAAAGCAUACCAUACAUGUCAUGUCAUAUAAAUCAUUGUUCUGUACUUGUCUUAAUGUCUGUAUGUUUUAAAACUGUCCAAAUGUCCUAUGGCUUCAUGUAACGUUUUAUGCACCAAUAAAAAAAAAGAAUAUAUUGUUCUAAAACUA